CGGAAGUGAAGUGUGGGGAUCACUGGAUGUGUUGUGCUAUUUUCUUUAGCAGAAACUUUCAAUUAUAGAAAUGUCAGCCGAUCGUGUUCUGCUUGAGCGAGGCAAAGACACGAGCCUUACUGUUCACUUAUUUGGUGCAACAGUGAUAUCCUGGAGAUGCAAAGGCUCUGAGAUUUUAUUUGUCAGUAAAAAGGCACUGUUUAACAACAAGAAGGCCAUUCGAGGUGGCAUUCCAGUUUGCUUUCCUCAGUUUGGCCCAUGGGAUCUUGGUCCCCAACAUGGAUUUGCUAGAAUUACAACCUGGACGUUGGAACAAGCACCUAAGACCCAAAGCUCUGGUGACGUGAGUGCAGUAUUUACUCUCACAGAUAACGAAGAAACAAGGAAAAUGUGGAAUCAUGGGUUCAAGAUUACUUACACUUUGACGCUUAAAGAAACGGAAUUUGUCAGUGACUUUGUCGUGAAAAAUACAGGAGAGGAUUCUUUCAGUUUCACAGCAUUGUUGCACACUUACCUUGGUGUGAGUGACGUAACUAAGGCAACAGUCAGUGGUCUGAAGGGAGUGCAGUACAUUGAUAAGGUCAAUGAUGGGCAAACUUUCACUGAGCAGCGAGAACUAGUGACUGUCGCUGAAAACUAUGACAGGGUGUACAUGAACACUCAAGGUGGACACAUUGUCCAUGACACGGCUACAGGCAAAACUGUCAUCAUAAAGAAGACCAACUUACCCGAUACUGUUGUGUGGAACCCAUGGGAAGAAAAGGCCAAAGCCAUGUCGGACUUUGGAGACGACGAGUAUCCCAAGAUGCUUUGCGUGGAAGCCGGCCAUGUCUCGUCCCCAGUGACCCUCGAUCCUGGGGCGUCAUUCAUCGCAGGUCAAAUGAUUGUGGCAAAAUGACAACCAUUCCUCCUAUGCCAAACGAAACCUCACCUGUAGAUUCUGACUGCCUGUACUUGAGGGCAGUAGCUAAGCUAGAGGUACCUAUUUUAUGAUCAAAGAUAUAUUUUGGUAUUACUUGUAAUAUGAAAUUAUUUGGGGAGGAAAAGUAUGGUGUCUUUCAUCAGCUUACACUAGUUAUGAAGGGUAACAUGCUCAACUAUGGAACUGAUUUGAUUUUUCUACUAUUUCGAUAACAAUGGAUUUAUAAUUCUGUACGUCUAUAAAGUUAAGGUCAUACAAGUUUGUUCAUCUAAAAGUGUUUAUGCAUUUUGUGUUGACUCCCAUGUAACCAGCAAAACAUCCUUUUAGAAGUGCAACCCCUAUUUUGAUGUGGCAGAAAAGUGCUCUGAUAGAGCAUCUGUUUUCCUGUUUACCCAAAGAGCUUGUGAAGUUAGUCAGAUUUUUCUGUUUGUCCCUAGUCAAAGGGUACAAAUGGGAAUUAUUUCUAUCUGAAAUCAACCUUGGAAUGAAGGGCAUUGAGCUAUGAUGAUUUAUUGGCACACUUCCUCCAAGCUGGGCAACUCAACUGCAGUUAAUCUUUUGGAUCAGCAGGUUGUUUUAGCCUCAGCUUCAGUUGAGAAUGACCUAUACAUGUAUGUCAUUUUGGAGAAAUUUAAGUCAGUCGGUGCAUUAGUUUGGUUCUGAAACCUUUUUGUUUCGCCACCGAGCAUUGAUGCCUUCAAAAUCACAUUUGACUCUUGACAUCCAAUGCCGAACAGCAUAGGGUCAUCCUCCUGUAUUAGAAUUGUGCACUCUCAUGAUCAAAUAUUUAGCGUGGGUAUGCAUGGGUAACAAAUGUCAAAUUACAAGGCCUUGGGUCAAGAUUAUAUGUUCAUCAUCAGUCUGCUAGUUUUUUUAAAUGUCUUCCGCAGUUUAUCACUCUUGGUCUCUGCUAUUGCUUUGAUCCACCCUCCAGAACACUUCAACAUUUACAACUAGCUCAAUGACCUAUCAAAGAGUUAAGGUGGACGUAGAACUAUAACAGUUCCUGGUGCUGGACUGUAGCUGAAGUUAACUUUGAUUAUCACUUCCCCAUUACAUCAGUACUAAGUGCACGUAACAUAGUGUUGUAAAGUUUCAUUUAUUUCCGAUCAAAUAUUGGAACUUAGGCAGUGCUGCCUAGGGUUUGAGUGAAAUAAGUGACAAUUUAAUGUUUUUCUAUGUUCAGGAUGUUUCUGAAAUUAGAUACAUUUUCUUGAAUGAGGUUUCCAAUUUGAAUUUAUUUUCAUAUAUGUACUUGGAGAAAGAACUGAUUUCACAGUUACUGCAAUAAAUAGGAUACAAGAUUUGG